UGUGUGUCGGGCAAUCGCCUCAGCUUCUCCCGCUCCUUAACGAAAGAUGAUCUUGAACGGGGAUCUUAGCGAUUGGAGCAUCUACGAUCUGAUCAGUCAUUGCGAGACCUCGGCCCAUACAGGCCCGUACCUUUGAGGGUGAACACCAGUGUGGCGUAAGGAAGUGUGAACCGUUUUUUCGCCUCGUACAAUGGUGCUGCAACGAGCUGUGGUCGUGUUCCUGUUGAUUACAACCUCCUGCGGAGUGUUAUCACAAGAGGAUCCCGAAUGCAAAACACCGACCAUGUCCGAUGGGUUCUGCGUUUCCGUGGAGCGGUGCCGGAACAUUUACUCCAUCAUUAUCUCGCCAACGCCACCUUCGCGCGGCAUACAGAACUACAUCAACCGGGCGGCCUGUACGCUGCCGGGGGUGACACGCAGCGUAUGUUGUCAACCGUUGGAGGUCGUACCAGUUCCCGUCACGACCACAACCACAACGUCGACCACCACCACUGCCGCACCGGUUACGACCAGGCCCGGCAGUGGACCGGUGAUGCUUGUUGGCGCGGAGCCGGAUUCUACGGCGGCACUUGACUGGAGCCUGCUGCCGACGAGAAACUGCGGCACCAUCACGAUCAACCGGAUAGCGUACGGCAAUGCGACGCGCGUGUUUGAGUUCCCGUGGAUGGUGUUGCUGCGGUACGAGUCGAACGGUCAGCUGUCGGACCGGUGCGGCGGGUCGCUGAUCAACAGCCGCUACGUGCUUACGGCGGCCCAUUGCGUUAGGACGUCCAGCACAAUACGGCUGGUCAAGGUGCGUCUUGGUGAGCAUGACAAACGGCAGGAUGUGGAUUGCCAUGUGUUCAGUGACGGUGAGGAAGACUGUGCCGAUCCCGCAAUCGAUGUCGAUAUCGAAUCCAUGACCGUCCAUAAAGAGUACAAUCGGCCCAUCAAGUUUAGGCACGAUAUCGCUCUGCUCAGGAUGGCGCGGGAAGUCGAGUUUAGCGAUUCCAUCAAGCCCAUUUGCUUGCCGGUCAAUGAAGAUGUGCGCCGUAAAGUGCUGCCCAAAUACAUCAUCACCGGUUGGGGUACGACGGAGCAGCAAUCGCUGUCGGACGUGUUGCUGCAAGCCAUCGUGAACCACGUUACCGUGCCGGAGUGUCAGCGCAAGAUGAACGAAAAUUUCCUGUACGUCACGUUGGCUGACGAGUGGCAAAUGUGUGCGGCCGGUGAAGGGCUGGUGGACUCAUGCCAGGGUGAUUCGGGCGGUCCGCUAGGCUUUAGCGUGGACAUAUCCGGGGCCAGGUUCGUGCAGUUCGGUAUCGUGUCGGCCGGUGUGAAGUCCUGCGGCAAGGAGAGUGUGCCCGGCAUUUACACGCGCGUCACAAGCUACAUGAACUGGAUAGUGGCUAACAUGAAGCCGUAGGGGGCGAUUUCUUGGUUUCGGUGGUUCGUUCAGCGUUCAAGCGGCUGAUCAUGUACUGACAAACUUGUAAAAUAGCAAUAAAGAUACCAUAUUACAACAUUGAAA